AUGCCACAUGCUUUGUGGACAGUGUGGGUCUUGGGGACCGUAAUCAGCCUGUUCAAGGAAGGGGCCCCUGAUCAGGCUUCUCCUCUGACUUGUGACCCCACGGGGGUCUGCGAUGGCCAUUCCAGAUCUUUAAUCUCCAUCCCUUCAGGGCUCACGGCAACUGUGACGAGCCUCGACCUGUCCAACAACAAGAUCGCCUAUGUCAGCAACAGCGACCUGCAGAUGUGUGUGAACCUCAGGGCUCUGAGGCUGGGAUCCAAUAGCAUUGACAUGAUAGAAGAAGAUUCCUUUUUCUUCCUGGGGAGUCUUGAACAUUUGGACUUAUCCUAUAAUUACUUAGCUAAUUUAUCAGCCUCCUGGUUCAGGCCCCUUACUUCCUUGAACGUCUUAAACUUACUGGGAAACCCUUACAAAACACUUGGGAAAACACCUCUUUUUUCUCAUCUCACCAAAUUGCAAAUCCUAAAAGUAGGACAUAGUUACCUCUUCACUGAAAUUCAGGAAAAGGAUUUUGUUGGGCUAACUUUUCUCAAAGAGCUUGAGAUCGAUGCUUCCAAUCUCCAGAAGUAUGCGCCUAGGAGUUUGAAGGUGAUUCAGAACAUCAGCCACCUGAUCCUUCAUGUGAAGCAGCCCACUUUCUUGAUGAAGAUUUCUGAGGAUCUUUUCAGUUCCUUGGGACAUUUGGAACUGAGAGAUACUCAUUUGGACAAUUUCCAUUUUUCAAAAAUAUCUACCAAUGAAACCAAGACAAUUAAAAAGUUCACCUUUAGAAAUGUGAAGAUCACGGAUGAAGGUUUUAAUGAAAUGGUGAAACUAUUGAAUUACGUUUCUGAAAUAUUAGAUGUGGAAUUUGAUAGCUGCACCCUCAAUGGAAUUGGUGAUUUUGACAUAACUGUUAUGGACACAAAUAAAGAUAUAAGUAAAAUAGAGACAUUAACAAUACGGAGAUUGAAUAUUCCAAAUUUUUACUCAUUUUAUGAUCUGAGCAGUUUAUAUUCACUUACUGGAACAGUUAAGAGAAUCACGAUAGAAAGCAGUAAGGUUUUCCUAGUUCCUUGUUCACUUUCGCAACACUUAAAAUCAUUAGAAUAUUUGGACCUCAGUGGCAACUUAAUAGUUGAAAACUCAUUGACAAACGCAGCCUGUGAGUAUGCCUGGCCCUCCCUGCAAACCUUAAUCUUGAGGCAGAAUCAUCUGAGGUCAUUAGAAAAAACUGGGGAAGUUUUGCUUACUCUGAAAAACCUGACUAACCUUGAUAUCAGCAAGAAUAAUUUCCAUCCUAUAUCUAAAACUUGUCAGUGGCCAGAAAGGAUGAAGUAUUUGAACUUAUCCAAUACAAGAAUACAGAGUUUAACCAAAUGCAUUCCUCAGACGCUGGAAGUUUUAGAUGUUAGCAAUAACAGCCUCAGUUCGUUUUCAUUGACUAUGCCACAACUCAGAGAACUUUAUAUUUCCGGAAAUAAGUUGAAGACUCUACCAGAUGCCUCCUCCUUACCCAUGUUACUCGUCAUGAGAAUCAGCAGAAAUACAAUAAAUACGUUCUCUAAGGAGCAACUUGAUUCGUUUAAAAAACUGAAGACUUUGGAAGCUGGCAGCAACAGUUUCAUCUGUUCCUGCGAAUUCCUGUCCUUUACUCAGGAGCAGCAAGCACUGGCCCAAGUCCUGGUCGACUGGCCAGGAAACUACCUGUGCGAUUCUCCAUCCCAUGUGCGGGGCCAGCGGGUGCAGGACACGCACCUCUCGGUUUCCGAGUGCCACAGGGUGGCUGUGGUGUCUGCCGUGUGCUGUGCCCUUUUCCUGCUGAUCCUGCUUGCUGGGGUUCUGUGCCACCGUUUCCAUGGCCUGUGGUACAUGAAGAUGAUGUGGGCCUGGCUCCAGGCCAAAAGGAAGCCCAGGAGAGCCCCCCCGAGGGACCUCUGUUACGACGCCUUUGUGUCUUACAGCGAGCAGGAUUCCCACUGGGUGGAGAACCUGAUGGUCCAGGAGCUGGAGCACUUCGACCCUCCCUUCAAGCUGUGUCUUCAUAAGCGGGACUUUGUUCCAGGCAAGUGGAUUAUCGACAAUAUUAUCGACUCCAUCGAAAAGAGCCAUAAAACCAUCUUCGUGCUUUCCGAGAACUUUGUGAAGAGCGAGUGGUGCAAGUAUGAGCUGGACUUCUCCCAUUUUCGCCUCUUUGAUGAGAACAACGACGCUGCCAUUCUCGUCCUGCUGGAGCCCCUGGAGAGGAAGGCCAUUCCCCAGCGUUUCUGUAAGCUGCGCAAGAUCAUGAACACCAAGACCUACCUGGAGUGGCCCGCCAAUGAAGCUCAGCAGGAGGGGUUCUGGUUAAAUUUGAGAACUGCAAUAAAGUCCUAA